GUGGCUGAAUGUGACAUGUACGCACGCUACCUUGAGCGUCCUGUGUCGCCAUGGAUACCACGCGAGCAUGGGCUCAGGUGUAGUGUCUGGAACCAGUCGGGCUGUGCCGAGGGCGAGUGUUGCAUCAAAGAGGUAAUCUCGUUCCAAGAUCUGGACAAAGACCUCCAAGUGGGCACAAAAUGCCAACCUUUACUCGCAGUGGGCGAGCUCUGUCUGCGACAGUCGGAAGGCUACCUCUGCGACUGCGCGAAAGGAUUGAGAUGUGACUUCCGGAAUAACGAGACAUACGGGCACUGUGCCUUCGAUGACGGCAGCCAAGAGUCUCCCGAAAGGAAGGGCACGGCUGUCGGGUGAUGUUGGCACUUGAAUACUUUUCUUUUUUACGUGACUGAAUGCGAUUUGAAAGCCACAGACUCAAUCAUAAUAUUAUGAUAGUGUGAUUUAUUAUUAAUGUCUUGUUCUGUUGGGGUUUUUUAAAGACUGGAUGAGAUUUGAAAGCCACAGACUCGAUUAUAUUAUUAUGAACAUGUUAUUUAUUAUUGAUGGAUGCUUGAUUUGUUUGCGAGAGCAAGGAGUUUCUGCAAGACAUAAUUGGAAAUGGAAAUAAAGUUGGAAGUACGCUGCUGGGUGGUUGGCGGGUGCUCUGGUGUGGUUUGCUCCUUAUUUCCUAUCAGACAUCUAUAGUUCUUGUCUGUCUUCCUUCUUUUGAUUGUUUGUUACUCUCUUGUAACACCUCUAACAUUCAGCCCUAAUACGUCAUAGAUCUAAAUGUGUUGCAAGUGCUUUUACUGAAACAAAUAGUACUCUAGGUCCUCAGCUGGGUAUUCUAAACCAAAAUUUUCACGUGAGAGUGGUUGAAGGGCACCAAUGGUGGGCUCUGCUUCCUUUCCUUCCGUCUAUUAUUUAUAUCUGUCUGUCUGUCUGUCUGUCUGUCUGUCUGUCUGUCUGUCUGUCUGUCUGUCUGUCUGUCUGUCUGUCUGUCUGUCUAUCUGUCUGUCUGUCUGUCUGUCUGACUUACUUGUUUCCCCUGUACUAUGACUGUUGUUGUGUCGGUGUUGAUUUCUUCACUCAAACUAACAAAAGCGGAACUUUUCGACCCUGGUGAGAAUCAAAGGGCAUCAGCAGCUUAUCUCACUUACAAUCUCAUCUUAUGAUCUCACAGCUCCUUUGCCCUCUUUUGUUUUGUAAGUGUUUUACGGCGCUCACAACUGCGUAAGGUUUUACUAGUGUGCAGGACACAUUAAACAUUUUCAGAGAAGCCAAGGUGUUUGAUGUCACCUACCAUAAUAUCAGGAGUGUGGGUGGCAGACAGCAGUAAGAAGGAGCCAAGGUGUAGCAGUAGAAAGGCCCACAGUAGGGGGCAGAAAUUGGAGACGAAAGCUAACGACUGACCGUUGUUACAGAGCAGGAGAAGAGAUGAAAGGAGAAAAUUUUGGAGAAAAAAUGUUUCGUCCCUGCGUCAUGUCUGGAAUCGAACCGGGACCUAUUGAAUGAGAGGCGAACACCGUAACCUCUCGACCACGAGAACUCCCGUGUGCCCUCUUUAGGCCCAAACGUGUGUUAGAGAAUAUAUGUGGUAGUACAGCAAGAUUAAAAUGUCUGGAGAUUAGAGAUAUUUUAGGUGACCGUUCGUUGUGUUAUAUUGUCUUACACGCCGGAGUUUCUAGAGCCCAAAACAAUUGAAUCAAGGUUUUUAAAAAAAAUUCAGCUUGGCGCAGCUUGACUCAAAGUCGCAAAUGUGAACAAUUUUCAAUUCAAAGUUAAAGUUCAAAUAUACAUGUAUGACACUAGCUGGAUCCCCUUACGAUGAAAGGAAUGAUCGUUGCAUUAACAUCAACUGACUGUUUUUUGGCCUACUAUAUUUACACUCUACCGGAAUGGAACUAUAAACUUGAGAGAUGAAAAAAAAA